AUGCUUGCUGCGCAGCAACAGCAGCCGGUCCAGCAUGUCUCAGCUGUACCUGAAAGUCUCCUGCAGCUCAUUCGUGAGAAGGCCAGCCACUGGGCCCGCGCGCUGCAGCUCUUCCACGGGCUGGAGGGGCUGAAGCUGCAGCCGGACUUGAUCUCAUGCAACACCGCGAUCCACGUUUGCGCGCGAGGCGAAGCGUGGCAAGCGGCUUUGCAGCUUCUGAAUUCGCAGGAGGCUGACGUGAUCAGCUUCAGCGCCUGCAUCUCGGUCCUUGGCAAAGCCGGGCGCUGGCAGCAGGCCAUGCUGGUGCUCCGGACCAUGAUCGUAAGGCCAAACUCUGUGACGUACCUGAACACCAUCACUGCCUGUGAGCGAGCGGCACGUUGGCAGCAGGCCCUGGCCUUGCUGCCGGACGAGGACGGGGAGGCUUGCUGCAAUGCGGCUCUGGCAGCUUGCCCCUGGCACCAGGGCGUGCGACUGCUGGGCUCCAUGCGCAGCGUCAGGACGGACCUGAGCCGCAUCUCGAGCAGGGCCCUCAUCAGCUCUUGCGCGCAGGGCAUGCAGUGGGGGCAUGCCUUGCACACAAUGAGAUCCCUCCACCUUCACAGAGUUUCACCGGACGUCAGCGCCUGCAGCGCGGCCAUCUCGGCCUGCGAAACGUGCGCUGCCACCCAGCAAGGCGUGCAUUUGCUGCGGGAGAUGCAUGGAGCCCGGCUUGGGGACGGCGUUCCGGCGCUCAGGGCUCUGGCGCGCUUGGGCCAAGAGGAUGUGACCCUCUGCCGCGGUGCUCUCCGUGCGGCACAGCGACAGCUGCCAAGCCUGCGGCCCCAUGAGCUGGCGCAGCUGGCCUGGUCCGCUGCCACGCUGGGUAUCGCCAGUGUGGGGUUUUGGCAGCAGCUGUCCAAGCAAGCGGUGAUGCAGAUGAGGCGCUGCAACAUAGAGGAGCUGCGCCACCUGAUCUGGGCCUUCGCUUCCGCUCGAAUGGCCAACGAUCCGCUUCCACAAAUUUCGGCGGAGGUGCUGCGGCGACUGAAAGCGGGCAUAGCGCCGGAGGGCGCGCGGCGGAAAGCCUUUGAGGACGACCUCCUGACAAUCCUGUGGGCGCUGAACUUUGCAGGGCUUCCUCUUGCCGCGCUGCGGGCGGCGACCGAGCGGCUUCUGCGGGCCUCAAAGAGGGUGACGCCCCAGCCGACUCACCAUGUGCAAGACGAAGCUGGUCUGGAGCCCAAGGUGGUGCUGGAGUUGGAAGAUCGAAUGGUUCUCUACAAGCCGCCCGGCUGGGAGGUCUGUGGGCAGCUGCCGCGGCAGCUGACAGAGGUGGUGACCCCGGCCCUUGGUAAGGACUGCGACUAUGGAUUUCUGCAUCGCAUCGACGUGCCCUGCUCUGGGCUGAUCCUUUUCGCCAAGAGCGCCUUCGCCUACUACGACUUGCAGGUCCAGCUGCGAGUGGGCGACAUUUCCAGGGACUACCUCGUGCUGUGUCACGGAUGGCUUCCCCGGAGCCGCGCCAUCUCCGCCCACGUGUCCUGGCAAGGAGAUGGCCCCACGCGCUCUGGCCGCGUGGGCAAGCCCUCCAGGACCCACUUCAAGGUGGCCGCACACCUCCAUUGGCUCUUCGUGGCAACCCUGGUGGCGGCCCGGAUCGCCACGGGGAGGCGGCACCAGAUCCGCAGCCACGGAGCGUUUUUGGGGCACCCCGUGGUGCGGGACGAGAAGUCCACCGCCUUGGGUACUCAGCUGCUGGACUUCCGCUUGUGCGACCGCAUCUUCCUUCACCGCUACCGCCUGGCCUUCAAAAGCCUGCAGCGCCAAAACGUCCAGGCGAGGUGCCACGGACCCACUGCCACCGGACCUGGCCAGAGCGCUCGCCUGCUUCGCCACCUGCCGGGGAUCAAAAGGAUUUGA